GUAGCUAAGUUAGCUCGGAAUAAUGGCGAACCCAGCUCGGAUGCAGAAGCUCAAAGGGAAAUAUUUGUGGUUUGCUCUCCUCGGGCUCGGAUUUAAACCGGAGUCGACAGUCGCCGGCAAAAACAAACACAUGAACCUGGGACCGAAUAUGUUUGACAAACCAAACAAGGAUGCCUUCUACAUAGUAAUCAAUUUCCUGUUGGAGAAACUCAACCCGACACGAUUUAAUGAGGCAUACAGGCACUGCUGGCCUGUUUUGGACCACAAAGCAGAUGCUGAGUUCCGCAAAGUUACCUGCGCUUGGCUGAAGGAAAUAAUGGAUGAAACUGCAAAUGCAGGAUCCAAAGUGUUAGCAUCGUUGUUCCUCUCACCUGGAGGCCCCAAGUUUAUCAGCUUGAUGUUUGAUUUGGCCCAUCAUGUCAUGCUGCAGGAAAUGAAGACAUUCAAGACCGAUGGCAGCUGGGUUCCCGAGGCUGCAGCGAUUCCCGCUUCCUCCCCAGACAUGGCAAUGAAGAGACACGACAUGGUGAAAACCAGGUUUUUAAACGCUGCGGUGAAUCAGGAUCAUUCUCUCCGUGACUACCAAAAACGAGCCCAGCUCCUGGUGAAGUCUGUAAGGGACCGCCGAGCAGAGGGUGCCAAGUAUGAUGAGCCACUCAAGCAUCACAGCAGUGAUUCUACACAGGAGGGUGCUUCUCUCGCUAAGACCAAAGGGGUGCGGCCCUUGUGGUCAACAAUUGAUGGAAUGCUGUCAGCUACUAAAGAGGAGCAGCAUGCAGUGGAUUGUGUUUUGAAGGGAGAUGUAGAUCAGUACGUCCUGGAUGGGACGAAUCGAAGCCUGAAUAUUCCCCAGUGUCUGCUGGCGAGAAUUGAACAGCUCCCACAUCAGUUGAGUUCAGGGAACGUGUACAAGGCUGGCCAGCUGAACCUCCUGUGUGUGUUGGAACUGAUGAACCAUGCGCUGCAGCUCCUGAAGGAGGAGCGAUGUCGUGUGUCUCAUGCCCCCACACUCCAGAUUAAUUCCCAGCACCUGCAGGAGAAAUGUCAGCAGAUGGCCCGUGUGCUGCAGGACCUCCACCUCCUCAGGCAGAAAAUUACCAAGGAUGGAAUUCCUGAGGUGAGGAGCAACAUCAAACAGUUGGAGGCGGUGUGGGACAGGAAGUGGAUGGAUACUCUGACAGACACACCCCUAGUCUCUUUCCUGAAUGAAGAUCCAGCUCUUGGCUUCCUCUCACCAAUGGCUCAGCUGUCAUUUGAACCGACAGCUGACGCUAAUUACAGAAGUAGUGUCUUCUCCCAGUACCCUGCAACGCUUCUUGAAAUGCCUGCGGAGAGAAAAUCACAGGAAGACAUCUGCUCUACUUAUUCCAACCUGAAGAGCUCUUGCCCAACACCAGGUGACAGGAUUGGAAGUCCCGUUGUCACCACUGAAGCGCCAUUACAAGUGAAUACCUCUCUCGACUGGCUUUUCGACACGCCUCCAUCAGCACCACCACCUCAGGCGAGCGUGAGAGAGACUCCCAGUGUCGACCAAAAGGUGUCUCCCAUGAAGAACAAGACUCAGAUUUUAGAUAUGGAAUGUGAUAACCUCGCUGAUCAGUUUGCAGAUGCUCUAACUACAACCACCCCCACUGAAGGCAGAGUCAAAAGUCUGGACCUGGAGGGCCUUCUCACUGCUCUUCAUGGAGAUCCCUUCUCUACUAGAAAGCAGCUGCCACGUACACCUGAGAGCUUGAUUAAGGAUGUGAAGAGCUCCUGGCGUAAGGCAGUUGAAGAAGACGAAGCUAAGAAAAUCGGGCAGUCUAUCAAAUUUAAUGGUGGCAGUGGAACGGGGCAGUUCAGUCCCCUCUAUGAGCCUCACAAUGUGUGGCUGAGCCCUGAGGCUCCCAAGAGCGUCCCCUCCAGUGCCACCCCUGCUGUCACCAGCUGCAGCAGCCCCCCUUUUGACCAGCAGGGGGACUUACUCGACCAUGAAACUCUGCCUGAAAUGUCUAGCUGCGACAGUCUGAGCCUCGACGAAGUGGUGGAUGUGGAGAGUGAAGAGGACGACGAGCUGCUCAUACCCGCCCUGAAGAAUGAGGCCACGCAAACGCCGUUAACCACUCGUCAACACUUGAGUCAGAUCCGGCAGGCUUCUGAUGACUACUUCAUGGAAAGCAGGAAGAGGACACCCGAGUGUCUUCUGUCAGAUCACACUGUUUCUGGUCUGGACAGAGACUGGCUAAUGGAGCCUGCGAAGUUGGUGGAAGCCACAGACAAGGUCUUCUCACUGGAUUUGGACACACUGGAGACGCCUUCAACCCCAAAGGAGGAGUACAGCCUGCCAAAACUGAUCACGUUCUCCCCGAUAGAUGAUGAGAUAAAGUGUUAACUACAUCAAUAUAGAAACUACUUUUCAUCCUUGAAAUCAUCUGCCAUGAUAAUUACAUAACACAUUUGUACAUAGCUGUGAAAUAACCUACAUCUAUCAGUCUAAAUUAGUUUUCUGUGCAUAAGUUUAGGUUUUUAAUUUAAAAUAGUAAGAACAUGAAUUAUUUCUGUGUACAUAAUUAGGAUUGCUAACUGCAGUGGGUAAGAGAUUGUAUCUAAUUUCUUGAAUGUUGUAUUAAACACUUUGUAAAUAAAAACUGAACACAGCUGCUGCAGCAAAAG